AGAGGGCCAAACAAGAUGAGGCUGAACUUCCCCAGGCAUCUCCAUUGCAGUGCAGGUGCCAGCAGUGAUGACCCUGACAACAAGCCCCACCUACUGAUGCUGAUAGGACAGCCAUAUAAAAGUCAGUGCAGGAGAACGGCCCCAAAGAUGGAAAUGCAGAUAGUCUGGUUCAUGGCCAUCUGUCUCUUUGGAGCAAGAAGCACAGAUGUCCGCCUCAAUCAGACACUGAGUGUGGUAGAGGAGAGAGAAAAAACAGUACAACUACAAUGUGAACAAAAUGCUGAUCAUGAUUAUAUGUAUUGGUACCAACGGCAUCAGGGCAAAGGAUUGCAUCUGAUCUAUUACUCCUAUGAUACAUCUGAAGUAAAGCAAGGAAAUAUUUCUGAGCGAUUCAAAGCCACCCGACUGCAAACUCAGCGCUUUCACUUAAACAUCUCAUCCUUGAAGCCUGAGGACUCAGCUGUUCUUAUUCUGUUGGUGGAACUGGAGGGCAAAUGGAAGGAGGACAGAAGUAAAACAGACUACAUUCUGAGACUGAGAGAAGAAGUGGAAGCUCCCUGGAUCCAGCCUGAGAAAGGAAAAGCCUAUGACAGGAGCAUUCUGACUGGAAGAAAGAAAAUACCAUCUGCUGUCCCUGUUGAUGAUGAUGACAAGAUUGUGGGGGGCUACACCUGCUCUCUCCCCUAUCAAGUGUCCCUAAAUUCUGGGUACCACUUCUGUGGGGGCUCUCUCAUCAACAGCCAGUGGGUUGUGUCAGCUGCUCACUGCUACAAAUCCCGCAUCCAGGUGAGGCUUGGGGAGCAUAACAUUGAUGUGCUGGAAGGGGACGAGCAGUUCAUCAACUCCCUUAAAAUCAUUCGCCACCCCAAAUACAAUUCAAGGCUCCUGGAUAAUGACAUUAUGCUCAUCAAGCUGGCAACCCCGGCUACCUUGAACUCCCGUGUCACAACCAUCUCCCUGCCCUCUGCCUGUGUGGCUUCUGGGACUCGGUGCCUGAUCUCUGGGUGGGGAAACACCCUCAGCAGUGGCAGCAAUUACCCUGAGCUUCUUCAAUGUCUGGAUGCACCAGUGCUGACAGAUGCCGAGUGUAGUGAAGCUUACCCAGGACAAAUCACUACCAACAUGAUCUGCGUGGGAUUCCUGGAGGGUGGCAAAGACUCCUGCCAGCUCCUUGUCAUUGUGACCAACGAUAAAGUCUAUUUUGGCACAGGCACAAAACUCACUGUGAUAGUUUGGCUCCGGGACACGAGUGACAGUAUUAGAUACCUUUGUUACCUCCAACUUCCAGGCUGUGAUUCAAAUGCCUACAUUUCCAAAGGGUUGCCAAUAGCAAGCUGCCAUUUCUCCAGGUGGGUUUGGGAUACAAGGAAGGGUGAAAGGAGCCAAGAACAGCAUAAAUGGGAAAUGGCAGCCCCUUGGGGGCAGUGGUGUUUCCAGGCGGUGGGUCUAUCACUGUGUAACUAUGCUGAAGUUAAUUUCGGCGAGGGCACCCGGCUCACAGUACUAGAGGAUGGGCUCAAAAUCACUGCCCCCACAGUGGCCAUCUUUCCCCCAUCAAAGCAGGAGAUCAACGACAAGAAGAAGGCCACUCUGGUAUGUCUGGCUACGGAUUUCUACCCCGACCACAUCAAGCUGGUUUGGAAGGUGAAUGGUGAGGAAAGGAAAGAAGGGGUGAAGACAGAAGAAUCUGUCAGGGAUGAAAGCUCAAAAAGAUACUCACUGACCAGCCGCUUGAGGGUCUCAUCUCAGGAAUGGUUCAACUCCAAGAUCGUAUUCAAAUGCUCUGUUGACUUCUACACAAAUAUGACCCAAAUAUAUGCUAAAGAGAUCCGUGGUGGAACUGACUGCAGUGUCUCAGAAGAGUCAUAUCUGAGAAGUGCCAUCGCUGGGAAAAGUGUGUACAUUCUGCUCAUUUUCAAGAGUGCCUUGUAUGGGUUCUUUCUAAUGGGGCUAGUGUUAAGAAAUAAGCAAGUGCACUAGAAGGCAGCUGGUCUGAAGGUGAUGGGCGGCAGCCCUGAAGAGGGUGGAGCUGCAGCUGCAUUAGCUUUGCAAGUCCUGAUUUGUUUCUAGAAACUGCACAGUACUUAGGCUUUUGAUACAAUAAAUGCACAGACAGAGCAAUUUGAGGUUGUCUGCCUGUAUUUACUUGUUGGAAACAGAAGCUUCUGAUAAGCACUUAAGCAAUCCUUUGUGAAGUUCUCUGCAUUGAUUUUUGUUAGCCACUGAAGUACAAAACAAAACUAUCUGACAUUCACAGUAUUGGGAGAACACGGUGUGUUGAACUAGCUUUGUGAAGACAUGAGCAAAUGUUGUCACCCUCUAACUGAGGAGUCUCAAACUCAAUUUACCUUAGGCCAGUGCCAGUCCUCAUAUCCUCCUAGCAGGCCAGCAGGCAUCUCCCUCUGGCAGGCUCUGGGUGGGGUUAGCAGGUCUCCGUACAUUGCCCCCUACAUCCAUAUGUGUCCAGGACCACCUGCUUAUUCAUGCACUCCCCAGACAUGCCUGACACCUCUGGACGAUUUAAAAUCUGCUGGAGGCUCCCACUGCCCCCACCAGCAGCACAGUAGGGCUAGAGCAGUGGUCCCCAAGCUUUUGGGGCUGCCACGCGCCCGGGGCAGGGGCUGCCCAUGCACUUCGCACCCAGAGCCAGCACCAGCAUGUGUCACGUGCCCAGAUUGUUUAGCAGGUGCACAUAAAUGCCCUGGUGGGUGCCAUGGUGCCUGAGGGCACAGCGCUGGGGACCACUGGGCUAGAGUGUCUUCCAUCUGCUAGCUCCAUGUCUCUGGCCUGCGUAAGAUGUGUGCAGAGCCAUCCUGUUCAUACCUGUAAGCUGCAAAACUAUUCACUCAUAUUGUGAGACGGACUAGAUCUCAGAGAUACCACCGCUCCUGAUUUGAUCACAAGCCUCCUGAUAAUUGAGGCAGUUUUCUUUCUGGAAAGCACUAGCCACAUUAUUAGAAUUAAGCCAGAUCUAGGAACUUCACUCCCUGAUGCCUCAUGCACCACUGUCAAUUGUGAUCAUUCUGACUUAGCAGGUUAUGCUUGUUUGUUGGUGCCUGGCAUUAGAAGAGAAUCCCAACUUUGUUUUAGUCUUUUUUUUUCUUUUUUUUUUUUAAUAAAGAUGUUAGGUCAUAUAGUGAUAUAUGGUCAUAUUUGGUAUA